CAAGUAGCAACAAAAUACACCCAACAAAGCAUAGUUUCAUUUGCCAGCUUUGUAAAAUGGACUGGACUAGAGGCCACAGCAUAGGCCACGGCUCCACAGCCACCGUUUCCCUCGCCACCUCUAUCCAAUCCGGUGAUGUUUUCGCCGUCAAAUCCGUCGAGUUAUUCCGAUCUGGAUUCUUGCAAAGGGAGCAACGGAUUCUCUCUUCUUUAACCUCUCCUUUUAUAGUUAGCUACAGGGGCUGUGACAUCACUAGAGAGAACAGCAAAGUUAUGUACAAUCUCUUCUUGGAGUACAUGCCCAACGGCACUCUUAGCAAUGCAAUCCAUGCUCAUGGAGGUCGGCUCGACGAAUCUUUGAUCAGGAACUACACGAGUCAAGUCUUGCAAGGUCUAGAUUACAUACAUUUGAACGGAUUGGUGCAUUGUGACAUUAAGAGCAGCAACAUUUUAGUAGGACCGAGCGGUGCCAAGAUUGCAGAUUUCGGGUGUGCAAAGCGUGUGGAACAAGUAGGACAGAUCGCGGGUACGCCGAUGUUUAUGGCACCAGAGGUGGCGCGUGGAGAGGAGCAGGGGUUUGCUAGUGAUAUAUGGGCUUUAGGGUGCGCAAUUAUUGAAAUGGCUAGUGGUAGCACGCCUUGGCAUAAUGUCAACGAUCCAGUUUCCAUCAUUUACCGGGUAGGUUAUUCCGGUCACUUACCAGAUUUCCCCUGUUGCCUGUCGGAACAAGCAAGGGAUCUCUUGGACAAGUGUUUAAGGAGGGACCCAAGAGAGAGGUGGACAGCUAGUCAACUUCUUAAGCAUCCAUUUUUGGUCGGGGAAAGUAAUUCUCAUCAUGUCGCAAAGCAAAUCCAAGAAUCCAAUUCAAGUUCGAAUUCUCCUACAAGUAUUCUUGAUCAAUGCUUUUGGAACUCACUGGACUUAUCGGAAAGUUUGAAUAACUUGGUCUCGGUCCCUCCAAGCCGUGAAAGUUCAGCCGGAGAGAGGAUCAGAGGGCUGUCCUUGCUCUCAGGGAUGCCUAGGUGGGAUUGGGAUGAGAGCUGGACCACCAUCAGAGGGGAUAGCAGGGAAGAACGUGAUGCAAUUAUGGAUUGCAUUGAAGUCAAAGAUCAUAUAGUUAGUUGUGGCCUGGGAGAGCAGAAAAGCUAUGGUGGUAGCAAGGAGCUGUUAAACCUUUUAGAUAGCAACAUUAGCAGUAGAAUUAUUGAUGAUUUUUGGGCUACCUGCAAAUAUAGGAAAGUUCAUUUUGGAAAUCCUUGUAUGUCAAGAUUACCUUUACAAGCAUAAAUCAUUCUCUUUUUUGGACA